AUUUACCCACAACCCAAAGCCCCAUUUUCAAAGCCCAUAAACAGCACACUACGCUUCCAUCUUCCAAAUAGUAACCAAAUCGGCGUAUCCGUUUUCCAUCUCCGCCGCUGCCGUCGCCGUCGCCGCCAAGAUGAAGAUUGUUCAAGGUGUCUUAAGGACUGCCAAUGCUUGCCUAUCUCGUUAUUCUUCUCAUCAUCGGACUUUUUCUGCGCUUCCGAAUUUUGCCCCUGAUGAUAAGCAAAGCACCAACUCGUUUGAGUCUGCUGAGGACUUUGAAAGACGAAUUUUUGGUGAUAGUGCGGGUAACAGGCCAAGUCCAAACUCCUUUUUCAGAAAGCUUGAUGAUGCUGAAAAGUCUUAUGAUAGAUCUGGUCUGGGCUCCACAUUUAGUUCUGGAAACAGAUCUAGUAUCCUUGAUGGUCUAGAUGAGAGUUUUAAUACAUUAUCAGAUGGGAUGGAUGGUAAGCUGAAGGAAGCAGCCAGCUAUUUUCAGUUGGAUCCUGAAGAAGUAGGAAAAGAAGAUUAUGCUUACAGAGCAGAUAUGACCUUUUGGCCCGGAAACACUUAUGAACUCAAGGAUCUUGAUCUUAGAAAACCAGGAGUUCGCAAACCCAAAAAAAGGGAUGAAUUUGAAACUACGACAGAGGAAGUUUUGCGCAAAGCUGAUUUCAGGAAUGUGAGAUUCCUAGCUAACUUCAUCACGGAGGCUGGAAUUCUCCACAAGAGGAGCAAGACUGGUAUUAGUGCCAAGGCCCAAAGAAAGAUUGCCAGGGAGAUAAAAACUGCCAGAGCUUUUGGUCUGAUGCCUUUUACAACAAUGGGAACAAAACACUUUGUAUUUGGCAGAACAAUGGAGGACCUUGAUGCAGAUUAUGAAUAUGAGAUGUACGACCCAAAUUUUGUCGAUUCAGAAGCUGGCCGGGAACCUUUUUAAUCAUAAAAAGGAUACUACUAGUUACUAUUUGUUUUUCUUAUCCUCGGUUUGUCCUUGAGAACAUGUAUUCCAGUUAUUGCUAAGGGCUGAUUUUGCAGAUGAGGAAUUAGCAUACUAACUCGUUUUCAUCCAAUGAAAAGAUGUUCUCGACGUUUUGUUUCAAAUUAUACACUGCUUCAAAGGAAUGCCCUACAUAAUACAUGCUGGUCUCAUUGUACAUCAAUGAUUUAGCUGUUGGAACUCUCUUCCUCUGGAUGUUGUGAUUUGGUUCAUUUUAAGGAUGUCCAAAAUCAACUUUUGGCUCCACUCCAACAUUUUUCUUUUUUCUAUCUGCUUGUGAUUUGGUUGAGAAGAUUAAUGUUACUAGAUUGGCGAACUCAUUAUCCAUCGAGUUUUGAGUCCUCAUUAGCCUCGAGCAUUUCUUGGUUAUCAAAAUAAACAAGCAAUGUAGAAAUUCUAUUGCAAAGUUUUUUGAGGAACUUUUGUUACAUUAGCCAUAGA